CAUCGGCCGCUUCUGUCACUCAAGUCCUCCUCCUUCUCCCCUCCCCAUCCCCCUCGCCCCAAACCCUAACGACCCAUAACGCGCGUCGCUACCGCCGCGUCGCUACCGCCGAUCCUCCGUGCUGCCCGUCUAGGUGCGGCACUUUGCUGCCCAUGCGCAACGGCGAGCCCGCCUCCGGCGAUGGCCAGACCGAGGCCGCCGACACCGUCGAUUCCGUGAAGGACUCGGCAAAUCCCGAAAGCGCGGAGGCGGACAUGGAGGUGGAGGAACAGGGGAAGGACGACGCCAUGGUGGAUGCCGACGCCGACGCCGACGCCGUUGGUUCUACCAAGGAUUCGGCGGUGCCUGAAGAAGGGGGUGCCGAGGAAGUCGGGGGGGAGCACAAGGGCGACGCCCUAGUGGAUGCGGCUGCCAGCACCGUUGCGUCCCUUGCCUAUUUGGGGAAGGUCGAAGCCCAAGGUGUGGAGGAAGAGGUAGAGGAGCGUGUAGGCGAUGCUCUGGUGGAUGUUUCUGUGGCUCAUCAGGUCAAGAGUGAGGCCCAGGGAAAUGAGGGUGCGGAGACGGAGUGCGAGGCCCAGGGAAAUGAGGUGGUGGAGACCAAGGGCGAGGCCCAGGGAAACGAGGGGGCUGAGAUGAAGGAUGACACCCAGGGAAAUGAAGCUGCCGAGAUGGAUGUUGAUAAAGCGGGAAAUGGAGAUGAGCACACAGAGGUCAGGGUGGAUGGUGACAAGGGCAGCUUGCUCAAAGAGGAAAGCGACAAUGGUGGAGAUAAUAAGAAGGAUGCCAAUGGUGAGGAUGAGCUAGGGUCGGCACUAGCUGGGGAGGAUGAAAACCACCACUUGUCUGACAAGGUCUCAAACAACUCCUUCAUGUUUGAUUACACUCGUGGGGGCGAUGACUCGGGGACGGAGGAGGAGCAGGCUGAGUUUAUCAAGGAGCUUGACCGGUUCUACACGAUGAAACUAAUGGAAUUCAAGCCCCCCAAAUUUUAUGGUGAAGGAUUGAAUUGCCUCAAGUUGUGGAGACAAGUAACAGGAUUGGGUGGCUAUGAUCAGGUGACAUCAUGCAAACUGUGGCGUCAAGUGGGAGAGUCAUUCAAACCUCCGAAGACAUGCACAACCGUUUCAUGGACCUUCCGUAACUUCUAUGAGAAGGCACUCCUUGAAUACGAGAAACACAAAAUUGAAACAGGCGAGUUCCAAGUGGCUGCAUCUACUUUAACUGAGCGAAUUGCUUCUGAUAGUCAGGUGGGUGGAAGCCAUGCAUCAGGAUCCGGAAGAGCUAGAAGAGAAUCUGCAACUCGUGCCAUGCAAGGAUGGCAUUCACAGCGCUUGCUAGGCAACGGUGAAAUUGCUGAUCCAGUAAUUAAGGAUAAAGCGGCUAUGCCUGUCUUGAAGAAGGAUAAAAAUCCGAAAAGCAGUGGUCCGGCCAAGAGGAAAAGGACACCUACCUUGGAAGAUGAAAAGGCGAUGCCAUACAAGUCUGAGAAGCUACAAAAUGACUCGACAGUUAUUGACAUGGGCCCUCCUGCUGAUUGGGUGAAGAUAAAUGUUCGGAGAACUAAAGAUUGCUAUGAAGUCUAUGCAUUGGUUCCUGGCCUUCUUCGUGAAGAGGUACAUGUUCAGUCAGAUCCUGCUGGCCGCUUGAUAGUUACAGGAGAGCCUGAACAACUAGAUAAUCCUUGGGGUGUUACUCCAUUCAAGAAGGUUGCCUUGCUGGUGGGAUCAUAUGAUGGUUUGCAGGUUGCCCACCCCGAUCUUUGUUCGACUAGUUCAUUACUGCUUCAAGGCUCUUCAGCGGUGUUGUAUGUCCUGUGUAUUGAUUAAUUCUAACUAAUUAGAUGGCUUAGUACUGUGCAUUGCCUGUGACAUUUAGCGUAAGUUCCAACCUCCAGGCCUGUAGCCUAGAUUCCUGAUGCUCAAAUGUUCAUGGUUUAUUUGUUCCUUUUUCGGUUUAACCAUCAAAGGAUGAUGAUUUGUAGUGUUGUAGCUUUAUUCCUAAUACUUUGAGUUUGUCAUCAUACUUCCGAACACGGAUGAAAUUCUGGGUAUGCCGUGUAACUGCUGCUGUUAUAGAAAACCAUUGCAUUCGCCUGACUGAAAA